AAAGAAGAAGAACCGGAAGCAGGUAACGUCAGUUCCUUCAAGUGCUUUUUCUAGAAUCACUCGGUGAACUGAAAAGUAGAUUAAAACGAAUCGCUUUUCUGUUUUUCUUCGACUGCAAACCCAGAAAGUCUGUAGUGAGUGAAGAAAUGUCGCACACAAUUUUGCUCGUCCAGCCGACCAAGAGACCAGAGGGCCGCACAUAUGCGGACUACGAGUCAGUAAAUGAAUGCAUGGAAGGUGUUUGCAAAAUGUAUGAAGAGCAUCUGAAGAGGAUGAAUCCAAACAGUCCAUCCAUUACUUACGACAUUAGUCAGCUGUUUGACUUCAUUGAUGACCUGGCAGACUUGAGCUGUCUUGUGUACAGAGCUGACACACAGACAUACCAACCUUACAACAAAGACUGGAUUAAAGAGAAGAUAUAUGUCCUGCUGCGACGUCAGGCUCAGCAAGCGGCAAAGUAAAAGCAUGUUUGGCUUGUUGUCGUUCUACACGCACCUGAAAGGAUUUAGUACUGCUCCUUUAUUGUAGAGCCUUUCCGGUAUGUGUACAAUGACAACUCUCUCAGGCUGGCAUACACAUAUUAAAUUGUGUAUGCAUCAAAAAUGUGAUGGAAUGAAAAAAACGUGGGCCUUUUUCUAAUAAAAAUUUGUUAUGCCUAGGAUCAUGUAAUUUGGAAAUUACAUGCAUUUCCAAUUUGUUACAAGCUGAGAAUUGGGGUAGGGGCUGCACGGAACAUACUUCUGCAGUGCCUGUCUUCAGAAAUGUUUUAUAAUAUGCUUAAAUUGUUUGUUUCGAGAUUCACUGCUAGUUUUAGAUGCAGCUGAUUUAGGUUUGAGUGAAGUGAAAACAUAAGAUAAGUCUUUGUCAUUUCAUUUUUUUUUGUUUUUAUUGCCAUACAAUCGGUCAUAAUGGUGGAAGUUUUUUUUUUUACUUUUAUUUUAUGUAAAUGCAACUUUUUUUUUUAUAUGUGUUUGUUAUCUUUGAGUUAAACAAAAUAAACUAUUGUUUUCUGA